AUGGAAUAUGCUCUUGAGCUAAGGAGAACAACAAGUGGAUCUCAAAUUAAAGGUUCCAGCUCAUCACCUCAGUCCUUGUUUCAUGAGGAAAGGGGACACUACAUGGGGUUUAUUUUUAUCUUUAACUAUUUGUUGUUGAAUCGAAUAACGGCAAGUGGGGGAAUAUCGUCACAGUUUGAAAAAUUUUUAAGCGUAGUACUAGCUGAAGAAGUUCAGGGUGAUAGUGUUCUGAGUUUAAGGGAUGAUGUAGUAAAGGUUGUCCAAGAUAAUAUGGUGGGUGAGGUAGAAGAUGAUAAUUUCAAUGAUCCUGAUUAUAACUUGGAGGAAGGUGAUGAAGAUUAUCAUGAUGUUGUUACUGAGCGUCGUCAUAUGAAUGUGAAAGGUAGACCUAAAAAAAAUAUUGAUAGUCGGAUGAUUGGUGUAGGACCAUCCACUACUGGAAUUUUAAUUCCGCAAGUGAAUCAAAAUGCAGAAUCAGAUUAUGACGAUUCUGAUGAAUUGUUGGAGGGGGGUACUGAUUCAGAAGACGAGGUAGAAUAUAAAGAGUAUGAUGCAGAAAAUGACAACCCUAUUUUAGAAGUAGGGAUGAAGUUUGCCAGCUUUGAACAGUUUAAGGAGGUUUGUAUGAACUGGGGGAUCAAACAUAUGAGGCAAAUACAUUUCGCCACCAAUGAUAAAAGAAGAUGUAUUUGUAAAUGCAAGCAAUUUGGGUGUCCAUUUCAUGUUUUUGCUAGCCCAAUAAGUAAGUUUGAUCCUACCAUUCAAAUCAAAACCUUAAAUAUAAAUCAUACAGGUCCUACAGUAUUUGACAAUUUUCAUUUGACACAUCAAUGGAUUGCAAGAAAGUAUUUUAAUAUUUUUAGAAUUGAUCCAACUUGGAGUGUUAAGGGAAUAAUUGCAAUAGUGCAGAAGGAUCUUGGCUACACAAUAGAAUAUAUGAAGGCAUGGAGGGCCAAACGACAAGCUUUGAAAUGGGUUUAUGGAGAUGAGGGUGCACAAUAUGAAAAAUUGUUAAGGUAUAGGGCUGAUUUGCUGAAUACAAAUCCAGGCUCUAAUGUAGAAAUUUGGAGAGAUGAAAGUAAAUUUAAGGGAUUUUAUGUAUGUCUUGCUCCUUUGAAGGAAGCUUUUAAGUCUGGGUGUAGGCCAUUAAUAAGCCUAGAUGGUUGUUGGCUUAAGGGCACAUAUGGAGGCAAUUUGUUAGCUGCUGUUGCAAUUGAUCCUAAUAAUUGCAUCUUUCCUGUUGCAUAUGCUGUGAUCGCUGAUGCUGAAAGUAAAGAGACUUGGAGUUGGUUUUUAACCAAUCUUGGAUAUGAUUUAGAGAUAACGAAUAGUCACCACAUCGCAUUCAUGUCUGACAGACAAAAGGGACUGAUUGGGGCUGUUAAGGAUUUAUUUCCGGAAGCAGAACAUAGAAAUUGUGUCAGACACAUGUAUCAAAAUUUUAGACAAAAACAUAAAGGCAAGGCACUAAAGGACCUAGUAUGGAAUGCAGCAAGAGCAAGUAAUGAAGUGAGAUUUAGGAUAUGUAUGGAACGACUCGAUCAAGAGGAUAGAGAGGCUAGAAAAUGGUUUGAUCAUUCUGAAAGGCCAUUCCAAACCUAGACUAGAGCAUUGUUCAAGACACAUAGCAGAUGUGACAUGCUCUUGAAUAAUCUUUGCGAAAGUUUCAAUAGGUACAUUCUUGAUGCAAGAGACAAAGCUAUUAUAACUCUAUUGGAAAUGAUAAAGAAUAAGCUUAUGAAGAGGUUGUAUAAGAAGAAGGAAUGGAUUAACAAGUAUCAAGGUCUUAUCUGUCCAAAAAUUGAAAAAAAAUUGAACCAAAUAAGACUUGAGGCAGCUUUGUUUAGACCAAAUUUUUCUAGUGGACCAAAGGUGUCAGUUGAGGGUCCAGGAGGGCCAUUUAUUGUGGAUAUGCAAAAAGGAAGUUGUACAUGUAGAAGAUGCGAUUUAACAGGUUUGCCUUGUCCUCAUGCUUUGGUUAGUAUUCAUGGAAAUGGUGAUAGAGUUGAAGAUUACGUGAAUGUAUACUACAAAGUUGAAAC